GAUGGACGCAUCCCCUUAGUAUCAUGAGGCGAUACUGUGAUGGUUUGAUGACGCAAAUCAAGACUAACAGGAGCAGAAUGUGGGCUUUCACAGUUUUUCUUUACCUCCUGGGACUAAACAGCUGUAAGGCCUCCAGACAAGAGGUUUCAAUGCAGGUCUAUUAUGUCGUUCUGACCGUGGAGAAAAGUGUGAUCCUAAAUGUAACCAAAAUACUGGAUAAUUUUAAUGCCAUGAGGACCACAGAUUCUGCAAAUGCCACAGUUAACAAGCUAAAAAUGACAACAGAAUGUGAGAUUUCCAGCGAAAAUGCCAAUUGUUCCUGCGCACCAGAAAACAGGUGGAUUCCUGACGUGUGUCCCAGCAACACAUGCACCUUCCCCAAGGAAUCAGUUUCACUGUGUUAUCCAAACACCAGAGUAACUGUCACCGGAGACGUUUCUCUGAAAGGGAAGUCGUAUCACAGGUGUCUGAGAGAACAAACGUCUCCUGAGUUUCAGCAGUGUCAUGAUGAAUUGUUGACAGUGAUGAAAAAGCUAUACAGCACUUGGAACGAAUUUGACAGACUGAUCAUCAAAAACUUCAGCCUCAGCGAGACUGUCGUUGGACAUUUUGAAGUCAACGUUAAUGGCAUUGUGGCGCCGAAAGAUAUCAUUCUAAAACUGCAAGAGUUGACAGUAUUGCUGAACGCAACAUUUUUCGUGGAAACUAAAGGUCUCAUCCUUAUGAGCGUGCCACGCGGCCCUGUGCCUUACAACAGCCGUGUCUCAAUAUCAUGCACACCGCAAGUAGAGUUGAACUUGGUUCCACAGUGGGACCUGACAAGAAAAAAUGGAGUGUUUGUCAUAACUAAUGGCAGCGAGUCCAGGCUGACAUCAGAAGGAGCCAGCAUCAAUAUCACACUUUCCUCUGUGACGGAAUACUGGGCAGGAGUGGUUUCAUGUUCCUACUAUGACAGAAGGGAUUUUGGAACCGUGCUUCACAAAGCCAGUGGAAUGCUGGAUAUAGCCGACCUGCCACAGAUCAACAUUUUGAGCGAGCCUCAGUUUCCACGCUGCACAGACGGAACGGACCAAUUAAAGAAAGUGAAAGUCAUAUGUGAGAUUAAGAGAAGUGAUGAGAACUAUACCGUGACAUGGCAAGGUGAAGGCACCAAAUCAAAGCUAAAACUUCAAUCUGGCAGCAUUUACUCAGCUGAAACAGCUGUUGGCUGUGACCCGACAGAGCAACCACCACCAAGUCUGGCCUGUAUAUUCACAAACAGGGUCAACCAAACGAGAAAAGAGACGCUUAAUAUCACUGUCAUAUAUGUUGGUGAUCGUUUUUGUAAAGCUGAGGGAGGGUGGGGAGACACCAAAGCCGGCCAUACUGCCAAGCUGAAAUGCAGGGAUGGGGCCGGAUACAGGUACAGGACAUGCUCACAGGAAGAAAAAUGGCAAAAUGAGGAAUCAGAGUGUGUGAACCAAGACCUGUACGACAUCCUCGAGGACACAAGAAUUUCAGAUAUAGGACUCGGAGUGCUAGAAAAAAAUGCUGAAAAUGUAUUUCAUCGUCUGAAGAAUGCCACCACUAAUGCAGGGUAUAUAAAUACUCCUCCCAAUGUCAAUGCCUCUGUUGAAGUACUCAGUGGUAUGAAAGAAAAACUGCUGAACACAACGUUAAAUAAUGAAACAUCAGUGAAUGACAUUUUGGCAUCAUCCAGCAAUAUUUUGGACAAGUCUCUCGAAAAAUCAUGGCAAUCCUUGACUGCAAAAGACACCAAUUUCUCACUGGCUGAAAGAUAUUUGACUUCAGUUGAGAAACUGAUUGAGAUAGCAAAUAUCACAGGUGGCAUCAGAAACACGCCAAAUGUGGAAGUAAACACAUGUAAUGGCACGCUGGUCUCAGGUUGUGAAAAUAACGUGUUCAAUGUGACUGUAUCCGUGGAUACCGCAGACCCUGGCAGUGUGAAGACAGCCGGGUUCAAAAACCUGGUCCAGUAUUUGCCCAACAAAGACCCACUGUAUGAGCCCGGCAGCAUCGUUGUGUCAACAACUAUCGAGAUAAAAAAAGAACACCCCACCGUCAAAAUCAACUUCCCGCUGCCCAGAGCAAGACCUCAACACCACCGGAUGAAGUGUGUAACGUGGGACGAGGCCAGAAGUGACUGGUCCUCUACUUUGUCCCAAUGCACGUGGGGUGGUGCUGGCGAUGAAGGAAGCUGCACAUGUAAACAUCUAUCGGCAUUCACCAUUCUCAUCUCAAAGUCCAAGCUGGAAGUCAAAUUUUCAAAAGAGAUCACCUACAUUGGACUCUCUGUGUCAAUUGCGUCACUCAUUCUGUGUCUGAUAAUAGAGAUCAUAGUGUGGAGUUCUGUGGUCAAGACAGAUGCUUCGUACAUACGCCAUACUGUCCAUGUCCAUAUCACACUCUGUCUGCUGAUUGCGGAUAUCAGUUUUCUAGCCUCUUCUUUUCCGAAGAAACUUUCAGAAAGUUGGUGUCAGGUUUUUGUGGUGCUGAAGCAUUUCUUCUACCUGUCCAUGUUCUUUUGGACCAUGUGCCUGAGCAUCAUGGUUAUUCAUCAAAUGCUUUUUGUUUUCCAUAAUAUGGGCAAGAAGAUGUACCUGGGCAUGUCAUAUCUGCUGGGUUACGUGUGUCCUUUUCUGAUUGUUUUCAUCACCUUUAUUACCAAUGCAGGCGGUGCCGAAGGCUCCUACUACACCCAUGAGACAUGCUGGCUGAUGUACACUGGAUCUCUGCAAGGGUCCAUGCAUACUUUUAUCAUACCACUCGGCAUCAUUGUUUUUGUCAACAUUUUCAGCAUGCUGGUGGUCAUUGUGAGGCUUUUUGAACAACCUAAAAACACAGCUGGCACCGCUUCAAAGGAGCAAGGCGCAGUUAAAACCAUCCUGAGAUCAGUUGUCCUCUUGACUCCAAUCUUCGGGGUGACGUGGAUUUUUGGAUAUUCUGUGCUGGCUGUUGACCUCACAUCAGGAUUCAUAGCCUAUGCUGUCAAUUAUGCCUUUAUCGUACUUAAUGCCUCCCAGGGCUUCCUUGUUUUAGUGACCACCUACUUUGGGGAGAAAACGAUCCGGGAUGCAUUGCUGAAAUUCUUCACCAGAAAAAGCCAAUCAUCGAUGAGCCUCAAUUCCACAAACUCAUCAACAACAUUGAAGAAAAAGUGAAAAUCAGUGCAAGCUACUUUUUAGUCAAAUAAAACUGCAGUUUAAGCACCUUAUCAUUGAUCACUAGAGUAGAUCUGUGUGUUUUUCUGAGAUUUUUGCUUAUUCUAUCUGUGGUGGAGGGGAAAGUAUGUUAUAUAUAUUUUUUUUUAAUGUGUGUGACAUAAUGGCUUUUGACUGGACA